AUGGCCCAGGCACUCUACGUUCGGAAUCCUUAUCCUGUGCCGGAUAUCUCCCGGGAAGGAGCGUGGGUAUCACGCGGGCCUGUGUUGGGAGAUAAAGUCUCGCCGUCGGAUAGAGACUGGAACGUCAAAUUGAGCGCCCACGAGCGUCUCUUUGCUCAUCACACCCUGAACAGCAUCCGCAGAGACCGUCGAUUCGUCAGACCGCAGGUUCCGCGCGACGCCCUUGACCUAGCCCUAAACAGCGUUUACGCUCACAGCCGAGACACUCUAGUUUCGAAAAUGUACGUGCCCAUCCAGCCGGAAACGCUCGGCAGGGAAACUUGGCGUGUCCUACGAAACGAGAUUAAGAUUUUGCCGGAACCACCGAAACCAGAUAGACCGUUGCACGUGAGCGGUCAUCCGGACGAGGAACUUAAAUCGGUAGUUCGCGUACCUUUAUCGGCGGAUAAAUCGAGGUGUCAUAGCGGGCCAACUUUACCGCGGAGAAUUCAUCCGAGCAGCGUGAAAUUAAAUAUCGAGGGUCCUCAUAUGGACCAUUCGAAUCCCGGAUACAGUCGCAAAAUCGACGGAACUUUUUACAGUAUUUAA